CCCGUGAGUCCUUGCGGCUGGGUGGGCGCGCGUCCGUGUUGUUAGCCAAGAUGCCGUCGGAGGACAACAAAACAGCAGCUGCCGUCGUUCAAAAUGUUCCCGAAAAACCCUUCCACUACAUGUAUCUGAAGGAGUUUAGAACGCAGCAGUGUCAGGACUUUCUCCAGCACAAGUGUCAACAGCAUCGGCCCUUUACCUGUUUCCACUGGCAUUUUAUGAACCAGAGGCGACGAAGACCGAUCAGGAGAAGAGACGGGACCUUCAACUAUAGCCCCGACAUCUACUGUGAUAAAUUUGACGAGCAGUCAGGCAUCUGUCCGAACGGAGACGAUUGCCCCUAUUUACACCGUACGGCCGGAGACACAGAACGGAGAUAUCACCUACGCUACUACAAAACCAGUACCUGUGUACAUGAGACAGAUAGUAGAGGCUACUGCGUGAAAAACGGGCCCCACUGUGCGUUUGCACACGGCCCUCACGACCUCCGGCCCGCGGUCUACGAUAUCCGAGAGCUGCAGGCUCAGCAGCAAACGCCGGGGAAUAAUCCCUCCGACACGAAUGGGCUCUCCCUCCCGGAGAAACAAGAAAAGAAUAUGAUAGUUAAUGAAGACCCAAAGUGGAAUGAUACCAACUUUGUUUUAGCAAAUUACAAGACAGAAUCAUGCAAACGACCACCCAGGCUCUGUCGACAGGGGUACGCCUGCCCACAGUACCACAAUUCCAGAGAUCGUAGGAGAAGUCCUCGCAAGUUUAAGUAUAGGUCCACACCCUGUCCUAAUGUGAAGCAUGGUGAUGAGUGGGGGGAUCCAUCUCUGUGUGAGAAUGGGGACAACUGUCAGUAUUGUCACACUAGGACAGAGCAGCAAUUCCACCCAGAGAUUUACAAGUCUACCAAAUGUAACGACAUGCAGCAGACAAAUUAUUGUCCACGUGGACCAUUUUGUGCCUUUGCACAUGUUGAACGAGACUACAUGUACUUGCUGGAUGCGUCCCCCUUUCAAGAAGAUAACACAGCCGGCUCCUCGACUGGUCUGGAUGAUAUUCCCAUCCCCUCCUCCGCCCCGCCCCUCCCCAUAGGCACACCUGCACAGGUGUCACAGAUGUGGUCCCUCAAUAACCACCUCCCACUAGUACACAGGCCAACACUCCGUCUGCAGGUGCCAAUCUCCGCCCCUGUGUCGGGGGUGUUCAGUUCCAUCAGCGAGUCGCUGACCCCGCCCAGUCUGAACCCCAUCGGCAAACCUCGCUCCCAGAGCUCCUCCACCAGCAGUAGCUUCUCCUCAGACACCGGGCUGGGGUCAGGGUCAACCUACCAGAAGGCACCGGGGUCGGAGAGGGAAGACAGUCAGUUAUGGACCAAUCCGUUCCAUUUCCAGGCUCAGCUGAAGAAGCAGCUGCAGCUGAUCGACAGCGACCCAAACCUGGACGAGCAGGAGAAGCUCAGGAGGAAACAGAACCUCCUGGGCACGGCUACGGCCGUCGUGACGUCGGUCGCCAAUUCAGGGCCUCUGUCUAGUUCAUUAUCAUCUAUGACCACCAUGGUCACAUCAUCAACGUUAACCCCAACAGCUAGGCCUUUUUAUCCUGCCUCUGACACAGUGGAGUCUGUUGUAGGUUCUGCUCUAGAGGACAUGAACCUGGAUGAUUUUGAUGUUGGGUCAGCAAUAGAUAAGGAACUGGACAACGAGUCAGGCUCUGCAGCCAGCUCCAGUGCAGGACUAGGGCUAGAUUUUAUGGGGUCCAACUCCUUGUCAAAUUCGUUGAGUCAAGGCAUUUUGAGUGGGGCAGGCUCCACCCCUGUUAGCAUCCCAGGGUCUUUAGGAGCGUCGUCCACACAUUCCCAGUCGCCCCCCUCCCCUCUAGGACAGCUGCCUCCUGCCUUUGUACCACAGCACAUCCAGCAGCAGCAGCACCAACAGCAGCAAAUAGAACAGGCAGCAGCAGCCUUCCUUAGCCAGCCUGCUCCUGAGAUGAGGUCGCUGGGCUUCAUGGACCUGGGCUCACAGAACUUCUCAACACGGGGGCCUCACUCCCCGCUGCUGUCUGUCGGGGGCAGCCACUCCACAUUCUCAUCUACCAAUUCUACCAACAGUGAGGUGCAGAGGCUACAGGACGAACUCAAUGCAUGUAGAACAAAACUACAGUCCUGGGAGGAGUCCUGGCAGCAGGCAAAACAGGCAUGUGAUGCAUGGAAGAAGGAAGCUUCUGAAUAUGCAGAAAAGGCCAAAGCUGCCGAAAAAGAAAAGUUACAGGCAAUAGUGGAAAGAGAUGAGGUUAGAAACCAAGCAGAGGUGCUGAGAAAAGAAAUAGAAAAUUUGAGUGGCGGGCCACACCUACAUGUUUUGCAAAAGCUGUCCGACAUGGAGAAGCUUCCCCUUACAACAUUGAGAAGUUACCAGCAACAACUGAGGCAAGAUCUGGAGAGAUUAGACAAGGUUAUUUACCAGCUUCAGGCCAUGAAGUGCUUGAUAUGUCAGGAGAGGAAUCGCUGUGUGGCCGUCAUGCCCUGCAAUCACUACGUCAUGUGUGAGGUCUGCGCUCCAGUACAGAAGGAAUGCCCCUAUUGUCACCUUCAAAUACAACAGAGGUCCACUGUUGUAUUGCCUCAAGUUCCCUCAUUAUGAGCCAACCGCUCUUAGCAAAAUUAGACCCGUUGUAAUGAUCAGCCUUGUACUCCUGUUUCACCAGCCUUUUCUAACUUCUGCUUACAUUGUCGUAAUGUAUAACAAGCUAAUCUUAACUGCAUAGUGCUUAAUCCAUAUACAGGAAUCACCUACACUACCCAGUCUUUAGUGGGGAAUAUAACAUUAGCUGCAUUCCAAUACACUGGAGUCUACACAUGCAAGAUAGUAGUGAUUUUAAUGAAUCUCAUUGUUGUUGUCAUGUGCAUGUGUGUUUUAGUUCAGAGCAUAGGCUUGUAGGGACACCUCAGUUUUAGUUUGUCGUCAGUCAGUGGACACUUUUGUGGUAGAAUUAGUGCAACCUAAAUCAUGUAGAAGAGAGAAAAGGCUGGAGAUGCAUCCUAACAUUAGUACUGUCUUGGCUAGCCUGACUGCCUCAGUGUUGAAUUAGUGUGUCAUACUUUCAUACAAAAUUGAUCUAUCAUUUUUAAAUGAACAAUUGGAGUCAGCCUAUUUCAGGCAUCAGUGUGACUUACAGCUAAAGAGAAAAAACAUGAUGAAAGACUACGAAUACUCAGCCAAGACAGUACCAAAAAUUGUAAUUGUCAAAUGUGGUGUCUUGUCUAUGGAUCGAUGCAAAAGUUGGAAAACUCAUGCCAAAUUGUCACACCAAGUCACCAGUGUUAAAUAAGAAUAAUGCAAUCUCUACUGCUUUUUGAAAGAACAGAAAAUGCAGGAGUGGUCACCAUUGUCAGAUGGCUGUCCAGAUUUAAACAGUUGGGAUGUUGGCAUUAGACUUUGGAACAAGACAUCAGCAUAUUAUAUUUCAGUUGUUUCAACUUACCUACAACUAUACUGCCUUUAAGAAUUAUUCUCUAAUUUAUGAGCGGUAUUUUCACCAUGCAUUUGCUAUUUCCUGACCUUAGAAAUUUGUUUGCAAUUUUAUUUAUUCUAGUACAUGUAGUUUUUAACGUGUUGUGUGUUUGACAUCGGGGUUCCUCGCUUGUGUCAUGUCAUCCUCAAAUUCUUCUCACUUUAGUUGGCCCAAAAUAAUGUAAUACUUACAUGAUAUUACUCUUGAAUGAAAAACUCGAACAGAAACUAGUCAGCCUUCACCAUUUCACUUGAGGUAGACAUUACAAAUAUAACUCCUAGAGCUAGCUGUUUUUGCCACAGAGAUGGGAGUAACAGACCACAUGUUUAUGUAUUUGGAACAUGUUGAAGUUUGCUGGAGGCAAUCUAAUCAUGUCUGCUUCAACCAGAAUUGUUUUUCUCCUAAAAGAGGUCUACUACAGGCUUUGGGCCGAAGAUUACAACAACUCUUACCAAAGAAAUGUUUCCUUCAGAAAAGACUUAAGCUGUGUCACAUCAAAGUAUUAGGUUCUCAACUGGGAUUAUUGCUGAAACUUCUCACAGCUUAAAGGAAUGAUGAUUGGAAAGAAAAAAAAUGAUUUGAUUGUAAGUUGUAACAGUUAGAUAUUCAGAGAUAUCUAUAUUUGCCAUUAUGUAGCCUUACUUUGUUAGGUAAUGCUUCAUUUACACAGUCCUUUGGUUAGAAUCAUUGUAGCUAAGAACAAGAGGCUACAUGAAAUUGUAUAAUUGAUUAAGAUACACUUAGAUACAUGUCCACAGGGCAUGAGAGUAGAAAAGUUUACUCACUGCUUAGUACUAAGAUAUACUGAUUAGCUGUGUGGGCUGAUAGACUUCAUAAUUACCAGACACUUUUGCUGAUGAAAUACCUGCAUCUUUAUGUACCAUGUAUUAUGCCUGUCUCUUCAAACAGACAUGGCAUGUUUCAUCACUAUGAUUGAAACACUUUCAUCUCUUGUAAGUUGUUUGCAAUCAGUCUGUACUCCUUCCUUGAAAGCGUGGAACCCCUUUAUAUUGUCUUUAAAGCUUACAUAUGAUGCAUUUAAUCUGUUUGACUCAGUACCAACGAACUGCAGAGGUAUUGCACCAUCUCAAAGAUAGAUGCUCUGUACAUGUUUUGCAUUUGUGUGUAGGAAAUUGUAUGGACCAGAGCCAAAUGGGUUCUACCUUGCAAUUAGAUGUAGAAGAGACAAAAACACUCUAGGCUGUUUUCCUUUUAUUAAAGUGACAUAUUGUAAGAUAGGUAUGGUGACAUAACCAGGGAAUCUGAAUUUCCAGAUGAAAUGAGAUAGGCUUGGUAAUCUGGUAGACAUGACAGCUUGUUUUUGCUCUUGAAGUGGAAAGACUGUCCAAGCCAGUUGCAGAUAAGGAAUAAUGUCAUGAAGAUGGUAGAAUGGAACUGCUUUUAUAACUUUGGAUGGCUUACUAUAGACAUGCCUCACCCACUAUGAACUGUUUUUGUAAGUUAAAGAUGCCUAAAUCAAUAAAAUUAUCCUUUGUAGGUUCUAAUAUUUCAAACAUA